AUGGCGGUAACAACUAGAGCAAUUAUGAGGCUCCCAGCCUCAUCAAUUGGCAUGCGCACAGCAACUGCUGCCACUCGCAGAGCCUUUGCGACAUCUUCGCGGUCUUUACUUACUCGGGCCGCCCGGCCGAGCUCCAGAGUCACCCUCGACAAGAGCAAAGUCCAGCAGAUGUUCCGCCGCACAUACGCUGAUAUUGCGCCUGCCCCUGCAAAGAAGCCUCGAAGAUUUCGCUACUUUACAUACCUCUGGCGCCUUACAUACCUCUCAGUUAUUGGGGGGAGUGCUUAUCUAGCUUACGGUGUUUGGGAGCUUCGCCAUCCCGAUGAGCAAUUUGCACCAGAUCCAUCGAAGAAAAACCUUGUCAUUCUAGGUACUGGGUGGGGUGCGGUCUCACUCCUCAAAAAACUCGACACGGAAAACUACAAUGUCAUUGUUAUCUCUCCCCGAAAUUACUUCCUCUUCACACCUCUCUUGCCGUCAUGUACAACUGGAACAGUCGAGCAUCGAUCCAUUAUGGAGCCCAUCCGAAGUAUAACGAGACAUAAGAAAGCCGCGGUCAAGUUCUAUGAAGCGGAAGCGACUAAGAUUGACCCGGAGAGGAAGACAAUAAUGAUAGAUGAUAAUUCUGACAUCAAGGGUGCUUCGAACAAGACGGAAGUUUCUUACGAUAUGCUUGUUGUCAGCGUGGGUGCUGAGAAUGCUACUUUCGGUAUCCCUGGUGUAAAAGAGCACUCUUGCUUCUUGAAGGAGAUUGGAGAUGCCCAACAAAUCCGAAAGAAGAUCAUGGACUGCGUAGAGACUGCAACUUUCAAGGACCAAACCCCAGAAGAAGUUGAGCGCCUGCUUCAUAUGGUUGUUGUCGGUGGUGGCCCAACUGGUGUCGAAUUCGCCGGCGAGCUCCAGGAUUUCUUCGACCAGGACAUUAAGAAGUGGGUUCCUGAAAUCAGCGACAAGUUCAAGGUGACUCUCAUUGAGGCUCUCCCGAACGUUUUGCCCAUGUUCUCCAAGCAGUUGAUCGAUUAUACCGAAUCGACCUUCAAGGAAGAGAAGAUCACAAUCAAGACCAAGACAGCUGUGAAGAAAGUGACCGAUAAGACCGUAGAAGCAGAGGCCACUGGUCCUGAUGGAAAGAAGAGCAUUGAGGUCAUGCCAUACGGCUUGCUAGUCUGGGCAACCGGAAAUGCGGUCCGUCCUGUGGUCAAGGACCUCAUGACCCAAAUCCCAGCGCAAAAGGACUCGCGGAGAGGUCUUGCCGUCAACGAAUACCUUGUCGUCCAAGGUACUAAGGAUAUCUGGGCAACUGGUGACUGCGCCGUUGCCGGUUACGCGCCAACGGCUCAAGUAGCUUCGCAAGAAGGGGCUUUCCUUGCACGCCUCUUCAACACCAUGGCGAAGAGCGAGGCUAUUGAGCAUCAGAUCCAUGAUUUGAGCUCUAGCCUCAACUUGAAGCCUGGUAAUUCCGGAGAGAUUGCGGUUGAGAUUGAGUCCCACGAGAAGAAAUUGCGGAGAAUCAAGGAUAUAAAGCCUUUCCAUUACACACAUCAAGGAUCUUUGGCUUAUAUCGGCAGUGAGAGAGCUGUGGCUGAUGUCAGCUGGUUAAAUGGAAACUUUGCUACGGGUGGUGGACUGACAUAUCUGUUCUGGAGAAGCGCGUAUUUGAGCAUGUGUUUCAGCACACGCAACCGCGUCUUAGUCGUUCUCGACUGGCUAAAGUCCAAGGCUUUCGGUCGUGAUGUCUCCCGGGAGUAA